UAAACUCUCGGCCAAAUGAUUUUAUCAAGGAGGAUCCUGAACUAAAUUUGGAGGUGGCAGCCUCAAUAAGAAAUGCAUCUGAUAGUUUAAGUUUCAUUCAAAGUGCUGGUGACAGCUGUAACGUUUCGUAUCAAGAAGCAUUACAUCAAGGACUAGUCAAUGCCGAUCUGGAGAUAGAUACAGAGAUGUCAACAGAUUUCAGUAUGUCUCAUAACUAUACCAAGUUACGGACUUCACAAGAAGACAGCUUAUGUGGCACGAGAUUAAGUUGUAGCAUCAGGAAAAAGGAAUUCCAUAAGUUUACCUGUAGUUUCUGCCUACAGAGCUUCCCUUCAAAAUACAGACUCAUAAUGCAUAUCUUCAUCCACAUUGAUGGUGUGCAGGCACCUGCAUAUGUGUGUAAGUCAUGUGGUGAGGUAUUGCCCACUGAUGACAGCUUGAAAGAACAUUUGAGAAUGAGUGAGGGUGACCAAGCAUUAUUAGCUGCCAACAAUGAGAAACUUGAAUGCAGUGAUGACCAUGAAAACAACAUCUCCUUAGAAAGUGUACAAGAAGAAAUCGUGGAGCAGACUGAGAAGCAAUCUUCAUCCAAGGAAACCAGGAAAACUUUAAGGAAAUCCUUUAGUGACAUAUGCAAUACACAUACUGUGACACAAGUUGCAGAGAAACUCAGAUGUGAUGACUCUGGAAUUUUGUGUACAAGUGAUCAUGUUAAUGUCCACACUGUGCUAAGUGCAAAGAGACAUCACAAAUGUGAUGUUUGUGGUAAAUUGUUUACUCGUUCGGGCAGUCUGAAGGUACAUGAAUUAAUACACACGGGAAAGAGACCCCACGAAUGCCGUGUUUGUGGGAAAUCGUUUACUGAAAGGGGCAAUCUCAAGAAACAAGAAUUAAUACACACUGGACAGAGACCACACAAAUGCGAUGUCUGUGGAAAAUCAUUUACUCAGUCGAGCCAUCUCAAGACCCGAGCAGAAAAUGCAAGUGGUAGGAUGCACGAUGAAGAAUUCUUGCUGUUCCUGCACCACUUUGCAAAAUUUGCUAAACCAAAUCCUGAGCUCAAAUAUGCUCAAAUGCUUCUUCACAAUUACGAAUCUCAUGUAUCCAUAGAGGCCUGA